AUGAACUUUGACGGUCUCGACGCUGGGAUGGGUGAGUACUCGGCCAGUCUUCACGGGACUAUGGAUGCAGGACUGGAACCCUCCUUGGACCCGCACCUGAACCCGAACUUACUGCAGGCUGUGGAGCUUGACCCGGAGGGGCUGGCGGGGACGGUACCGGAGCCCGUGCACCUGAUGGAGGGCAUGUUUUCAGAGCUCCACAGCGUGGUGUCAGAAGUUGGCAUCCCAGUCACUGCAGUCCAUUUUGACCUCCAGGAGGAGAUGCUCUGGAUGGGGAACCACAGAGGUCAUGCAACCUCAUACUUCGGACCUACAAUGGGUCGCUAUUCUUCUUUCCAAGUGCAUUCAACAGAUGACAUCCGACACAUUCAAAGUCUAGAAACAGGGGUGUUGUUUCUUUCCAAAGGCAACCUGAAGUGCUACACUCGCGGGGGCCUCGUUAUGUUUGAUUAUCCGAUGGAGGAAGGAGCUGAUAUGCACAGUCUUUUCAUGGCUGACAACAACAUGUUGCUCAUGGGUGGAUUACAAAACUAUGUGGUGGAAGUGGACUUGAAUACGGUUCAAGAAACUCAAAAGUUCACAGUUGAGGUACCUGGAGUGGCAAUAAUGCGCCAAACCAAUCGUUUCUUCUUCUGUGGGCACACUUCUGGCAAGAUAACCCUCCGUGACCUGCGCACUUUCAAGAUGGAGCAUGAGUUUGAUGCGUUCUCUGGCAGCCUCUCGGACUUCGACGUUCACGGGAACCUUCUUGCUGCGUGCGGGUUUUCAAGCCGUGGACUGAACGGGAUGGCGUGCGAUCGUUUCCUGAUGGUGUACGACCUCCGCAUGAUGCGAGCUGUAACCCCACUUCAAGUGCACGUGGAUCCCCUCUUCCUGCGCUUUAUUCCUACCUACACAUCACGCCUUGUGAUCAUCUCACAGACAGGUCAGUGUCAGUUCUGUGAGCCCACUGGUCUGGCCAACGUGGCAGAUAUUUUCCACGUCAACACCGUGGGCCAGCUGCUCAUGAGUUUCGACGUGUCGGCCAGCAAGCAAGCCUUGGCCUUUGGGGAUUCGGGGGGCUGUGUGCACCUGUGGGCAGAUGUUCCCGAGGUCUCUUUCAAUGACUACUCUCGAGAGACGGAGUUCGCUCUGCCCUGCCUCGUUGACACGCUGCCUCAGCUGGACUGGAACCACGACUUUCUGCCGCUUUCUCUCGUCCCCAUGCCGCUGACGAGCGCCGAGCCGCUGCUGUCGGACUGGCCGACCGCUCUGGUGACACCUAGCCCCAGGCGUGCUCCUCCUGUGGACCCAGAGAUUCUUCGUACGAUGAAAACUGUCGGCUUUAUUGGCUACGCACCAAACCCUCGAACACGCCCUCGAAACCAGGUUCCUUAUAAAAUUAAAGAUGUGGAGCUUGAUUAUGACAAUUACAGCCAGGUCCCCGAGUCUCCUAUUGGUCGUGAAAUAGAGCCGCACCUCUGCAUGGUCGCCAAAAAGUACAGAAAGGUCACCAUUAAGUACUCCAAACUUGGACUUGAGGACUUCGACUUCAAACAUUACAACAAAACUUUGUUUGCUGGUCUGGAGCCGCACAUCCCCAAUGCCUACUGUAACUGCAUGAUCCAGGUGUUGUAUUUCCUGGAGCCCAUCCGAUGUCUCGUGCAGAAUCAUUUGUGCCAGAAGGAGUUUUGUUUGGCCUGUGAGCUCGGCUUCCUCUUCCGCAUGUUGGAUUUAUCUCGAGGAGAUCCGUGUCAGGCCAGUAACUUCCUCCGAGCGUUUCGCACCAUCCCUGAAGCUUCGGCUCUGGGUCUGAUCCUCGCAGACUCCGACGAACAAACGGGGAAGGCCAAACUCGGCCGCUUAAUCCAGAGCUGGAAUCGCUUCAUCCUCACGCAGCUCCACCAGGAGACGCAGGAGCAGGAGGGUCCGCAGGCCUACAGGGGGGCCAGCAGCAGCUCUCUGGGCUCCUCCAGCGAGUCGGCCGUCGGGAAGCUGUUCGGUUGUGAAGUGGAGAACAGCAGUUUGUGCCGCUGCGGCAAGGAAACGGUGCGAUCCUCCCUCACGUUGCUCUUCACCAUGCAUUAUCCUGAGCAGAGCUCUCAGGAAAAAAGCAUGAAAGCGUUUGACUUUGCUGAGAUCCUGAAGAAGAGCAUCUGCUUGGAGCAGAGCACUCAGGCGUGGUGUGAGAACUGUGAGAAGUAUCAGCCCACAGUGCAAACACGGAACAUCCGGUGCCUGCCAGAUGUUCUGGUCAUAAACUGUGAGGUGAACAGCGCCAAAGAGGCUGAAUUCUGGAAAGUUCAAGCAGAGUAUGCUUUUAAUAAAGCUAUGCAGAAAGAGGCAACAGAACCUGCAAAACCCACUGAACCCCCUCCCAUCUCCACAGAGUGGUGCUUAAAUGGGGAGGAGAUCUGCAGCGUGGACAGCUUCGCCUUUGACACCCGAGCAGAAGAUCUGCGCCACGUUUGGAUCCCCGUCACUCUGAAGAUGUCCAUCAGUAAAACCCAGGGUCUGGAAGUCAGCAGCUGCUCCGAGGGAGAGGAGUUGAGUGCUGCUGAAGAAGCUGAGGGGGUUUCUCUGUAUGACCUGGUGGUCACGGUGCCCCACAUCCAGGACGCUCGCACCGGUGGUAACCUGGUUGCACACAUCAAAGUGAGUGAAACCUACCACCAAAGAAAAGAGGGCGUCACGCACCAGCAGUGGUACCUCUUCAAUGACUUCCUAAUUGAACCCAUUGAUAAGACUGAAGCUGCUCAGUUCGAUGUGAGCUGGAAGGUGCCAGCCAUCCUCUAUUACGCCAAGAGGAACUACCACACCAAAUACGACCUCCGCAUUAAAAACCCCAUCGAUGCCAGCGUGCUGCUGACCGAGGCCUCGCUGGCCCGGAAGCAGAGAAAGAGCCAUGCCACCUUCAUCCCCCUCAUGGUCAGUGAGAUGCCGCAGGCCGGAGACCUGGUGGGGCUGGACGCUGAGUUUGUGACACUCAAUCAGGAAGAGGCAGAGUUGCGCAGCGACGGCACCAAAUCCACCAUCAAGCCCAGCCAGAUGUCUGUGGCCAGGAUCACUUGCGUGAGGGGUCAGGGGCCCAACGAGGGGGUCCCCUUCAUCGAUGAUUACAUCUCGACACAGGAGCAGGUCGUGGACUAUUUGACGCAGUAUUCUGGCAUCAAACCAGGAGACCUGGACGCUAAAAUCUCCUCGAAGCACUUGACCACGCUGAAGUCCACCUACCUGAAGCUCCGCUUCCUCAUCGACACAGGAGUUCGCUUCGUGGGUCACGGUUUGCAGAAGGACUUCCGGGUCAUUAAUUUAUUGGUUCCAAAGGAUCAAGUUGUUGACACCGUCCACCUCUUCCAUUUGCCUCGCAAAAGAAUGAUUUCUUUAAGAUUCCUCGCUUGGUAUUUUCUCGACCUCAACAUUCAGGGGGAAACCCACGACAGCAUCGAGGACGCUCGCACCGCCCUGCAGCUGUACAGGAAGUUCCUGGAGCUGAGCCGUGGAGGAGUGAGCGACGACGUAAGGAAGGUCCUCAAGGGACUGUAUGAAAAAGGCCGCCAGCUGGACUGGAAAGUCCCAGAUUCUGAUACAGGAGACAGUCAAGCUAGCACGAAAACGAUACAGUCAGACGGAGGCUGGUGUUAGAACAACGUGAGGAUCUACUCGGAAGAACCAGCCCGAGUGGACGGACCGUGUCCUUCAGUCAGGCGCCGCUGUUCCUCUGACGGGCGGAGCUGCUCAGAACGGCAUCAUGUACAGUCCACCUCAGCAGGUGGCAGUAACAAAUCAAGUGACAAGUUUACAGC